CUGUGUUCUAGAUGCUUCCCCAGCCUCACUGUAGAACCAGAUGGAUCCAGCAGGGAGGCAGCCUGCCAUGGGCCCCUGCUCAGGGGACCCCCACCUGGGCGGGACCUCCUGGCUCCUGGGACUCACCAGCCUCAUCCUCCGCGUCUGCAGCACUGGCACCCAGCGUUCUGCAGCCCAUGGUUCUGGAGUUGAGGAUUCUGGAAACCCCGUUUCCCUGAAGGGGAUGCAAGGAGCUUCUGUGUUGUUUCAAGUGCUCAGAAACCCAGACUUGCCUGCAGGAGUCGAGCUGGAGAACAUGACCUGGGGGAUCUCCUCCGGGGCAAACUACACAAUCCUGCUGCAGGUCUCCCCUGGGGCACGCGAUCCAGAAUGGGUCAACUUCCAGGACAAGUUCCAGAAGAGGGUCCAUGUGCUCAACAUUACGACCCUGAGGAUGAACAACCUGACCCUGGAGGACACUGGGCUGUACCGGGCUCGGGGCUUCUACUCCAGAGGAAGACAAUACGACCAGGAUUUCCACCUGACUGUGUAUGAGCCCCUGCCCCUUCCCCAGAUCAGGACCACGAAUCUGUCCAUCACCCCAGGCUGGUGCAACGUCACUGUGCAGUGUGACGCCCCGGGAACCAGGGAGGACCUGACCAUGUCCUGGGAGAGCAGGGGACUCCCCAGGGAGCUGGAACAACGAGAGGCCACAGGACCAGCCCCCAACCCCUGGACCCUGGCUCUGAGCCUGCCCCUGAGCCAGCCCAACGCCAGCCUCACCUGUGUGCUCAGGAACCAGGUGGACCAGAAAACUGCCACCUUGGACCUUGGGGACAUCUGUGGCCACGGGAAGCAGAUCCACAGGGACAGGCUGAUGCCUCCCAACUACUCAGCAUCCUGGGGACUGUUGUAGUCCUGCUGCUGAUCCUGGGAGCUGGACUGUUCCUCCGGAGGACACGAGUGAAGAAGAGCCUGGAGCCUGGGAGAGGCAGGUUGCACUUCUCCUCCCCGGGCCCACACACCUCCCUCCCCUGGACCCUGGGCUCCCUUCCUCCUGCCUUUACUGCUCAGGGGAUGUCCCUGCAGGAGGCUGGUGGGGGCGGCCAUGGCCUUGGGGUCAUA